AUGGGACAAUUAUCAUCACUGGUGCAUUUGUCAUUGAUUGCUAGUGGAAUAGAGAAUGGCUUUAAAUAUCAAUCACUGUUUGUCAAUGACUCAUGGUUGGUCAUUCAUAAUUCACCGUCACCACUCGCUUUCAAUUCGUGCGCUUGCAGUGUUUACCCUGAAUGUGCAACUGCUUACGUAGGCUUCGAGUGCAUUCUUGGAAACAAUUGUACAGCAGGUACUACUGUUUGGACUGUACCAGGUCUAAUCUUGGCUUGUACUCACUACGAAAGUAUGUUUUCAUCCGACUUACGAUGCUUCUAUGAUCAAGUCUGUUUUAACACUAUUCUCUCAAAUUACAAUGUUGACAUGCCAGAUAGACUUCCUUUACCUGCAUCUACGCUUAACAUUCCUGUGCUGAACAAAUCGGCUCCAUCGCGCUUUUCAACGACUGAUAGUCUUGACGCAUUAUUUCAACAACUUGCAGUAGAAGAGUGGGAGAUUAAAGGUGAUUUCAAUGGUUACUAUCAGGCAUGUGCACCGGCCAGCUGCACGUACACAUCUGUCCAGCGAUUAAAUAUCAUCGAUUUAGUUACAACUGUUGUCGGCCUAAUCGGUGGUCUUUUUGUUUCUUUGCGCCUUUUAGCUCGAUUCGCAAUAGAAAUUAUUAUUGUGGCCAAACCUUGUUGGCAAAAUCCUCGUGAUGAUAUCGAACAUCGAGAACGAAACAGAUCUACAAGUAUGAUAACGUUGUUAAAAUAA